UCUACUUCCUCUUUCCGCCAUAUUGCAGAACCGGCAUCAUGGUGCGCAUGAACGUUCUCGCAGAUGCUCUGAAGUGCAUCAACAAUGCUGAGAAGCGUGGGAAACGCCAGGUCCUCAUCAGGCCCUGUUCCAAGGUCAUUGUGCGCUUCCUAACCGUCAUGAUGAAGCAUGGUUACAUUGGUGAGUUUGAGAUCAUUGAUGACCAUAGAGCCGGGAAAAUAGUCGUCAAUCUCACAGGAAGGCUAAACAAGUGUGGUGUGAUCAGUCCACGUUUUGAUCUCCAGCUCAAGGAUCUGGAGAAGUGGCAGAACAACCUUUUGCCCUCAAGACAGUUUGGAUACAUUGUACUGACCACCUCAGCUGGCAUCAUGGACCACGAAGAGGCCAGACGGAAACAUACAGGAGGCAAAAUUCUUGGAUUCUUUUUCUAAAAUGUAAACUGAAAAUAAAAUCAACCAGGGAAAGGUU